GAAAAACUUGUUGACGGCACAAGUUUCUCUCCUAAUACAUAUACUCCUAUGUGACAGCCCCAAUUAUUAUCGAUAAUCGAACAAAGCUCAGCAGCAGCUACGGCCCCGAUCGGCGGCUAGGCAACGGUAACAUCAUUCAAUCCGAUGGAUACCAAUAAUUGGAGGCCUGCACCUGAUGGUGGUGGUGGUGAACCCACGAUGGACGCAGGAGAUUGGAGAUCCCAAUUGCAACCUAAUUCGCGACGAAGGAUUGUCAAUGAGAUAAUGGACACUUUGAAGAGGCAUGUUCCGUUUUCUGGACAAGAGGGCCUGCAAGAGCUCAAGAAAAUUGCAGUAAGGUUUGAGGAGAAGAUCUGCACUUCUGCAACCAGCCAGCCUGAUUACCUGAAGAAAAUAUCUCUGAAGAUGCUGACUAUAGAGAUGAAAUCCCGAAAUACUAUGACCAAUUCUCUGCCAUUGAACUCUGGCAAUAAUAGCGAUUGCCCCCCUGACACAGGAUCCCUGGGCAACCAAGGACAAUUACUUCCUAUUCCAAUGGCUGCUAACCAGGCUCAAGCACGCCAACAACUAUUGUCUCAAAACAUUCAGAAUAACAUGGCUGCAACUGCAGUACAAGGUUCUGCUAAUUUGGUAUCAGCGUUGCCAACUAUUGGUGGUUUACCACCUACCAUACCAAAUGUGGCUGGCCAGAAUUCCAGUUUGCAGGACAUUCAGAACGUCUCUGGGAUUUCUCAGAAUUCAAUCGGAAACUCGGUGGGGCAAAGUGCAUCUUCCAAUAGUUUUGCCAAUACUCUAUGGCAGAUGCCAGGUAGGCAACAAGUUGUUCUCCGACAACAGCAAUCUCAAAAUCCACAACAGCAGUAUCUUUACCAGCAGCAGCAGUUACAACGACAGCUUGUGAAGCAGAAAUGUCCGCAGGGAAGUAUCCCAGACACAAAGAUGCAAUCUCAAUUGCAGCAACAGCAGACACAACAUCAGCAAAACCAAAUAGCACAAUCCAGUCAGUUGCGAUCUUCUCAGCAAUCCGUUAUGCAGCAUUCUGUCAUGAAACUGGCUCCGGUAUCUGGCUUUCAACAGAACCAGCAGUCCUCCGUUCAACAAUCAACUCAACCAAUGCUCCAGCAAAAUCCUCAAGCAGUCCUCAGGCAACAGCAGCCUUCAAUUAUUCGUCAACAGAAAACACACGUGGAGCAGCAGCAGCUAAUGGGGCAGCAGCCAAGUUCUACAAUCGUUCAACAGAACCAGAUAAUAGGGCAACAAGACAGCAUCCAAGACAUGCAACAGCAGCAGCAGAGGUUGCUAAGUCAGCAAAAUAGUCUAACUAACCUGCAGCAGCAACAGCAGCAGCUGAUGAGUCAGCAAAACAACCUAUCAAAUAUGCAGCAGCAGCAAUUGCUUGUGAAUCAAUGUGUUAACUCCAGCAUGCAGACCACUCAGCACUCUGUGCACAUGCUACAACAGUCAAAGAUUCCACUGCAGCAACAAAACCACCAGAGUGCAGCCACCUUGUUGCCAACCCAGGGUCAACAGUCAGAACCACAGCAGCGAUCCUUGUCGCAGAUUCAAUCACAACCUGGACAGUUGCAACAGCAAGGUCUUCAGCAAUCAAAUUCAUUACGACUUGAUAUGCAGCCAAGGCUUCAAACAUCAGGUCCCUUAUUUCAAUCACUGAAUAUGAUUGAUCAGCAGAAGCAGAUAUCUCAAUCACAAAGAGACAUUCAAGAAGCGUCAUUAACUUCUUUAGAUUCCAAAGCUCAGACAGGAAAUGCAACUAGUGGGGAUUGGCAAGAGGAGAUUUAUCAAAAGAUUAAAGUCAUGAAGGAGGCUUAUUUAGCAGAACUAACUGAAAUGGACCAGAAAAUUGCUGGUAAAUUGCAGCAGCAUGAUUCCCUGCCUCAGCAACCAAAAAACGAGCAAUUGGAGAAGCUUAAGCUUAUUAAGACUAUGUUGGAGCGUAUUGUAAAAUUCUUGCAAGUUCCCAAAAGCAGUAUUUUACCUAAUUUCAAGGAAAUGGUCGGUGCCUACAAGAAGCAUAUAGUUUACUUUCUCAACUCGAGUAGGCCCCAGAAACUUGCCUCACUGCAGCAAGAGCAAGGGCAACAAAAUCCCCCACCUCAUAUACAAUCCAUGCAGCAAUCCCAGCAAUCACAAUCUCACGUUACUCAAGCACACCCCAUUCAUGAGAAUCACAUGAACCCCCGGCUACAGUCAAUGAACUUUCAGAGUUCUUCUGUGGCAACGGUGCAGCAGAAUAAUGUGACAAGUCUGCAGCAUAAUUCAUUGUCUGCUUUAUCUGGGGUUUCAACUACAUCACAGAGCAUGAUCAGUUCACUACAGGCUCGUUCCACUAUUGAUUCAGAUCAGGGUAGUGCACUGAGUGCAUCGCAGGAGGUUCCUGUUGGUUCUCUUCAACAAAAUCUUGUGAAUGCUCCGCAACAGGCAAACAUCAACUCCUUGUUUUUGCAUAGUGGGAUGAAUGUUCUGCAAGGAAACCUUACUCCUCUUCAGUCAAAUUCCAAUAUGCGUCAAAACCAGCAUCUAAAACAACAGGAGCAGCAGACACAACAAAAACAGCAGUUUCAGCCGUGCCAUAUGCAGCAGCAGCAACGACAACUAUUGCACCAGCAAAAUAAGCAGCAGCAGAAUGUGCAGUUGCAGCCACAUCAAAUGCCUCAGCUUCAUCAAACGAACAAUGCGAAUGAUUUGAAGAUGAGACAGCAGAUGGGUGCCAACACUGCAGUUUUUCAGCAACACUACUCCGUGGACCAGUGCUUGGAGUAUCACCAUCAGCAGUUGAAUUCUGGUGCUCAAUUUCCUAUCUCUUCAUCGCAACUCCUCCAGGCUGCGUCUCCUCAAAUGCCUCAGCAUUCUUCUCCACAAAUCGACCAGCAAAAUUUGCUGACAUUCCUUGCAAAAGGAACUCCUUUGCAAUCGACAAGCUCGCCUUUCGUUGUCCCACCUCCGUCAACUCCUAUAGCUCCAUCCCCGAUUUCAGUGGAGUCUGAGAAAGUAAACUCUGGCGUUUCAGCACUCUCAGAUGCUGGAACUAAUGCAUAUGAACAAGCUGCUGGUGCAGUAACACGUGGUCAAUCCCUUUCCAUUGGCACCCCUGGGAUAUCGGCCUCUCCUUUACUUGCAGAGUUUAUUUGUCUGGAUGGGAACCAUGGUAAUGCCUCACCAGUUGUUUCUGGCAAGUCAAGUGUUACAGAACAGCCUCUUGAACGCGUUCUUAAAGCGGUAAAGUCAAUGUCACCGGCAACAUUGAGUGCCUCAGUUAGUGAUAUUGACUCUGUUAUCAGUAUGAUGGAUACAAUAGCAGGAUCAGCGCCUGAUAAUGGAUCGAGAACUGCGGUUGGUGAAGAUUUGGUUGCCAUGACAAAGUGGCGUCUACAAGCAAGAAAUAUGUCCAUGCAAGACACAAACAUCGGAGCAAGGAAAAUGAGGCGCUACACAAGUGCAAUGCCCUUGAAUGUUGUAUCCUCUGCUGGCAGCGCCAAUUAUAGUUUCAAACAUUUAACAUGUUCAGAAACUUCGGACUCGGAGUCAACUGCAACUUCUAGUGUCAAGAGGCGUAGAUUUCAGGCUAACCACACUCUUUUGGAAGAAAUAGUGGAGAUAAAUCAGCGACUUAUUGAUACUGUAGUAUGCGUAAGUGAUGAAGAUGUUGAUCCAACUCCAGCAGCUGCUAUUACUGGUGAAGGUGGGGAAGGAACCAUUGUCCUGUGCUCUUUCAGUGCUGUUGCUCUCAGUCCAUAUUUGAAGUCACAGUAUGGUUCUGCACAAAUGUCACCAAUUCAGCCCUUACGGUUGCUUGUUCCUACUAGUUACCCAAGUUCCUCUCCAAUCCUGUUGGACAAGUUUCCAAUUGAAGUUAGCAUGCAGUACGGAGAUUUAUCAUUGAAGGCCAAGUCUAGAUUUAGCAUUUCUCUACGAAACCUUUCGCAACCCUUGUCACUUGGGGAAAUAGCAAAGACUUGGGAUGCUUGUGCUCGUGCGGUUAUGUUGGAGUAUGCACAAAGGAGCGGUGGAGGGAGCUUCAGCUCAAUCUAUGGAAUGCAGGAGGACCGCUUGAGUGACAAAUGAUCAUCUUUUGGCAUAUUUAUCCAUGUGAACAUCAGAAAAUGGUGAAUUUCGGGUAGCUGUGAAUGUAGAAUAUUUGAAGCUAUUGCUGCUAACAGUGACCGGAUCUGCAUUUCAAGGAUUGGACUCCCGGCAUGCUUAAUCGCUUCGGUAAGAUGGCUUAGAUAUUGCAUCACUGGUGAGCUUUGCAACUGGAAUGUAGGUAGUUUUACGUUGUAUGUAACAAGCCCUUGGCUAUGCCGGUGUUCAUUGUAAAUAUUGACGUAAGCCUCCUGCUGUUUUUGUUAAUUUUUUUGUGUGUGAUCAUAUAAGAACUUCAGGUGCUAUUCAAGGCUUGGGGCAUUGGGCAGGGUUUGAACUCUACUUGGCAAGUAAGGCCUGCUGGGCCGAGGGCUAACCUUGAUGCGAUGUAAGUUAUUUAUGUGGACUUUUAUACUUUUUUUGGUUCC